CACCCAAUUGUUAUAUCGCUGUCCUGUCAAAAGAAAUCAAAUUCCAUUUCUUCAUCCUCCACAAAAUAUUAAAACAAACGCAGUAAAAAAUAAAGCAGAGAAAUCUCUUCCCAGAGAGAAUUGAAUUCUUGAGCACAUCGCCAUCGCCGCUAUAUAAAACCAUGGCUUCAACUCCCCAUCAUCUUGCACCUCUCAUUUCUAUGUCCACAAAUCUGCUGUCACAACCCUCCAUUUCCAAGCCCCUUUUCUCUCCAUUCAAACCUCCUCGCAAUCUCUGCGCUUUCUCCAUGGCUGCUUGUAUUCACUCUUCCAGAACUGAAGCUCCCAAUUCCCAGACCAACUUGACUCAAUUCGACGAUCAUGUCUACAACUACGUCAAAUACUGCCGACCCACUUUCCCGGACCUCGUUUCUUGCGUCCCCUUCUCCGAGAACCCGUCCCGCCGGCUCUUGGAUGAUGUUGAUGAUGUGUGGCUGAGGAUGAAGGAGGAGGCCAUGUCCGAUGUCGAGCAAGAGCCCAUCUUGUCCGGUUACUAUUUUUCCUCAAUCUUGGGGCACGAUUCGAUUGAGAGCGCUCUGGCCACUCAUCUCGCCAUGAAGCUCAGCAAUUCCAGCCUUCCCAGUGUGAAGCUCUGCGAUCUUUUCUUGGCGGUUAUGGAGGAGGAUCGAGAGAUUAUUAGGGCUGUGAGAGAGGAUUUGAAAGCCGUUAAGGAAAGGGACCCGGCUUGUAUCAGUUACGUUCACUGUUUCUUGAAUUUCAAAGGGUUUUUGGCUUGCCAGGCGCACCGGGUGGCUCACCAGUUAUGGUCGCGAGGCCGGAAAACUCUGGCCCUCUUGGUUCAGAACCGGUCGUCGGAGAUUUUCGCCGUCGACAUCCAUCCCGGCGCAAAGAUCGGGCGGGGGAUACUGUUUGACCACGCCACCGGGAUCGUCAUCGGAGAGACGGCGGUGAUCGGGAACAAUGUGUCGAUUCUGCACAACGUCACGCUCGGCGGCACCGGCAAGGUUAGCGGAGAUAGGCACCCGAAGAUUGGCAAUGGGGUGUUGAUCGGCGCCGGGACUUCCGUACUGGGGAACGUUAAAAUCGGGGAUGGGGCCAAGAUCGGCGCCGGGUCGGUGGUGCUAAAAGAGGUUCCGGCCAGGACAACGGCGGUGGGUAAUCCGGCGAGGUUGAUCGGAGGCAAGGAAAAUCCGGUAACGCAUGAUAAGAUGCCUAGUUUAACCAUGGACCAAACUUCAUAUAUUUCUGAAUGGUCCGACUAUGUGAUCUAGAUUCAUUUUUAUUUUUUUUUCUUCUAUAACUUUUGUGUCAAUUUAGGCUCUUUGUGAUAUUAGAUACUAUUUGGGCCUCAAGGGAUUUAGUUCAUGUGUUGAAUGGAGGGAAUCUAAGUUCCCAUUUUACGUGAUGACUUUGCUUAGCCUAAUAUGACUAUAUUCUGAUAAUAUAGUCAGUUUUAGGUACAUUUGGAAAUGUAAUCGCAACAUAUAUAGUAUGUGCUUUACAUACAUUUGAAACGUAAUUGCCCUUUUAAGAAUA